CUGAAGUUACUAGUACUGUAGCUAGUAGUUAUAUAGAGGCAGCUGAUUCUCCCCUUUUAUAACCGUUUCAAUAUGGCGUCCACUGCUAGAAAGACGUUUGAAAUCAAUAACAACGUUCAGGUUGUCGACCCUUCGGCUGCCAUUUUCCAGUACUCACGAGAAGAGGAGAAAUUAUUGGAUGAUGAAGCUCCUUGGAGGACAGAUCCGCAUUAUUUCCACACAGUCAAAAUAUCCGCUGUCGCUUUGAUAAAGAUGGUUACCCAUGCGCGUUCCGGAGGAAUCUACGAGAUUAUGGGUAUCAUGUAUGGCAAAGUACGUGAUGGCACGUUUUGGAUCAUGGACGUUGCAGCAUUACCGGUACAGGGUACCGAGACUCGAGUGAACGCAGGAAACGAAGCGAUGGAAUAUAUGGUUAACUUCCAGACAGCAAAUGCGGAGGCUGGGAAAGGGGAGCUUCUGAGAGGCUGGUAUCACUCCCACCCUGGAUAUGGCUGUUGGCUUUCAGGAAUAGAUGUCAACACUCAGUUAAAUAACCAAAAAUUCAACGAUCCUUACCUUGCGGUCGUCAUCGACCCUAACAGGACUGUUUCUGCUGGUAAGGUAGAGAUCGGAGCUUUUAGGACUUAUCCUGAGGGUUACACUCCGCCUGCCACUGGCAAUUCGCAGUACCAAUCAAUUCCUAUGGAUAAGAUUGAGGACUUUGGUGUCCACGCCAACGCAUACUACCCUUUGAAAGUUGAGAUUUAUAAAAGCAAACUUGACGAGAAAAUGCUUGACUUGCUAUGGAACAAGUAUUGGGUAGCCACUCUUAGUUCCAACUCUCUCGUAUCGAAUCUCGAGUACUCCACGUCACAAGUCCAGGAUCUGAAUGCUAAACUGCGUGCUGCGUCUCAAUCUAUCUCCAAUUCAUCUUCAAAGCUCAAAUUGAAGCCUACGCAACCUACUACGAAGGGCAAGGAAACAACUGAGGGCUCCGAUAAAAAGUUAAAAAAGGGUGAAAAGGAAUUCAGUGGAGUUGAGGAAGAAGAAACGCCCUUGAAUAAGGUGACCCAGGAGAGUUCGAGGAUAACUUCAGAAGCUGAAAAUGGUAUCAUCUCCCAGCUCCUCAAGGAGAAGUUGUUCAACACUCCGUUAACACAAUCAGUGGAUGACAAGUCAGCUCAGGCAACUGUACAAGGUAGAUACUGAUUGUAAGCGCACAAACAAAAGACCUGGGUGACGCGCUAGUUUUGCGUAUUGUAAGAAUCCCCUGACCGUCAUGUCACUAGACAUGGUAACCUUCGGCUAUGUAUGUACUGUAAGGACUGGUGUAUGCUGUCAAGAGGUCAGCGGGGAAAACGGACAUUUCUUUGGCAGAACGAAAGCGAGCAGCAAUAACCAUUUUGUAAUUAACUACAGUCAUGAGCAUGAAGAAUUGUGAUGACGUAAUG